AUGAUUCGGAGAAGAGUUUUCCAUCUCUCAAUUUCAAAGUCAACAGAAAUAUACUCUCGUAAAAGUUUGAGAGAAGGAUAAAGUAGUAGUUUCGUGCAAGCUUCUGAACCCUUCUUGAAAUAGAUAAAAUCUCCAAACUCUAAUAAUAACAAUAGCAAGUUCUUAUCAUUUGAAGGCGAAGCUCAUCAAAUGCACUUCAAAAAGGUGGAUACUACAAACAGAAAUAAGAAGCUGCUUCUUAACAUUCAGAAAAUGAGGGAUAGUUACUUUCUUUAAUAUAAUUAAUAAGAUGAAAGCAAAAAUACUCUAGCAUCAUCUAAGGAUAUUAUGACUUAGUCCAGCCAGAUGACCCCUCAAUCGAGAAACGCACCUAUCUAAAAUUUCAACUCUAUGAACUAGCAUAAUGAAUCGGUAUUCUAGAGAAGCCCUUCACCAAGAGUCAAGCUUGAAUCAUAAAACUAGAAUACUUAUUAAAAUUUCCAAAGCAGCAUGAGGAAUUCUAACAUUUUCAACUAAACUUAGUUCUCUAUAUCUUCUCCAUAUAAAUCAAAUGAAACUCAAUAGAAAUUCUAGUAACUUUCUUUCAGAACUCGAAACAUUCAAAACAAUGAUCUCAACAAAUCUACAGAGCUUCAUUAUUAAAGUUUAGCAGAUAGAAAGCUUAAAAUAAUAGAGGAUAAUGUAAAUAAUUUUUCACAGUCUAGGAGGAGAACGGCUUUAAAGCAGUCUCAGCAUAAUUAUCAAAAAAAGAAGUUUCUAAUUGAGCCAACUGGGAUAGAUAUGAAUACAUUAAAAAAGGAUGGGUUCCCUUAGCUUAUAUUUGAAAAUGAGGCUGUUGUAACAAAGUUAUUUAGAAAUAUAGAGAAAGAUUUAGACAUUAAGACUCAUCGGCUCAGUUUUGAAAGCUUUAUGUCAGUCGUUUGCUCUUUUAGGAUAAGCAAUAUUGAAGAGAAGAUAGAGAGAUUUUUCAAAUUGAUAGAUGAGGAUGGCAAUGGGUUCCUAAGUUACGAUGAGAUUUAUAAUCUUUGCAAUAGGAGUUUUGCGAAUAUAUAAGAUAGUCCAAAGAGGAGGCAAUCUAGAAGAUUAAACAAAAAAGAAGAAAAGGAUGAUUUCUUCUUGAAACUUAGUGAGUACUUUACACAGUACAUAUUUAAGAGUGUUAACCUAAAUAUGGACUAGGAGAUUUCAAUUGACGGAAUGAAAAAAAUAGUAAGUUAAAAUAAGGAUGGAGCUGAUCUGCUCGAAAUGUUUUGUGGGGAAGAUAAUGUUAAGCUUUGUAUCUGA